AUGAUCCGAGGAAUCGUGGCUGCCUCAUUUAAGGCAAAAAACGCGUCCCGAUCCUCGGAUCACAGUAGCUCGAAUAAUGGAGGAAUGGAUUUCUCUAGCACGAUCGCUAUGGUAUCCGCUACCGAUCCGGACUGCGGCGUCAAUGCGAUGGUAAAUUACACCCUCGGCGAGGGCUACAAGAAGAUCACCGAGUUCGAGAUACGCUCCAGCACCGGCGAGGUGUGCAUCGCGUCCGAGCUGGACUACGAGACGCGCAAUUCGUACGAAUUUCCGAUCAUUGCGACCGAUCGAGGUGGUCUCAGCACAACGGCCAUGGUCAAAAUCCAGCUGACCGACGUCAACGACAACCGGCCAACGUUUUACCCCCGAGAAUACAACGUAUCGCUACGGGAAUCGAUGCCAACCAACUCGCUACUAUCGACCCCGGUGGUGGUCGUUGUGGCAACCGAUUCGGACAGUGGAAGUUUCGGCACCAUAAGCUACCGAAUCGUCGCCGGCAACGAAGCCGGUAUCUUUCGAAUGGAUCGCCUAACCGGGGAGAUCUUCGUUGCCCGGCCGAACAUGCUGUCGAGCCGCAGCCAACCGUACCAUCGGUUGAACAUUUCCGCCAGCGACGGAGGUGGCCUGCGAUCGACGCACGAUGCCGAGGUGUUCAUCAGCGUGAUCGAUGCCACCCAGCGGCCGCCGAUAUUCGAUAAGCCCCGGUACACGUACUACGUUAAGGAGGAUGUUAAGAAGAACACGGUUGUCGGAACCGUCUCUGCCACCAGCAGUAAUUCAGGAAGUCGCGGUUCCAUUCGAUACUUCAUCUACUCCGGUGAUCCGGAUGGAUACUUCGCGAUCGAUCCGGUUUCGGGAAAUAUUCGCGUAGCGAGUACACUCGAUCACGAAACGAAACCGCAGGUUUUGCUGAACAUUCAAGCAACCAGCGGUGAUCCUCCUGCGUAUGGACACACUCAGGUUAACAUCGACAUCGAAGAUGUCAACGACAACCCGCCGGAGUUUGAGUCCAGCACGGUUCGCAUAUCGGUUCCGGAGAAUGUGGAAAUCGGAUCGCCGCUGUAUGCGGCCAACGCUCACGAUCGGGACUCCGGAAUGAGCGGUGUGAUCACGUACCGGUUGAGCAAUAAUGGACCGACGACGGGUAAUCUUUUCAGCAUCGAUAGCCGCAGUGGUCAUUUGAGUUUGGCACGGCCUUUGGAUUAUGAAACCAUCCAGCGGCACACGCUGAUUGUGACGGCUUCCGAUUCGGGGAUUCCUUCGUUGUCGACGAAUUUGACCAUCUUAGUUGAGGUUCAGGAUGUUAACGAUAAUGCGCCGGUGUUUGAGAAGCACGAGUAUUUGAUUAAGGUUUUGGAAUCGACGCCCAGUAAUUCACAGAUUCUGCAAGUAAGUGCAGUGGAUGCGGAUACUGGAAACAAUGCUCGGCUAACCUAUCGCAUCCUGGGAGACGAUAACAGACCUCGUUCGGGGAAAUCCAGCACCCGAGCACACGACAGCAGCAUUCCGCAGAUCUUCGGAAUAUUCCCGAACAGUGGAUGGAUUUAUCUGCGUACGAAGCUAGAUCGGGAGUUGCAGGAGCGGUACAACAUCACGGUUAUCGUCAGUGACAAUGGAGUUCCGACGCUUACGGCGACGAGUCACGUCAUCGUUACCGUGCUGGACGCCAACGAUAACAGUCCGGUUUUCGCGAAACAACUGUACGAGUUCGAGAUUGAGGAAAACAUGCGACGAGGAUCGGUCAUUGGCUUGGUAACGGCAAGUGAUGACGAUGCCGGUAUCAACGCUGUCGUCCGAUACAGUCUUAUUCCAAGCAACACAAGCUUCCAGAUUAAUCCGGUGUCAGGCGAAAUCACCACCCGGGAUAGUCUGGAUCGGGAAACGAAAAGCAACUACGAUCUGGUGGUGGAGGCACGUGACCAGGGAACUCCCUACCGCAGCUCGCGGGUCUCAGUCAAGAUAAAAAUCCUGGAUGUCAACGACAACUCUCCGGAAAUCGUCGAUCCCCAGGAGGACGUCGUUAGUGUACGUGAGGAACAACCCACCGGAACCGAAGUCGUUCGGGUGCGGGCGAUUGAUCGCGACUUUGGUAUGAAUGCGUCGAUUACUUAUUCGAUUCUGAAAGGACGAGAUUCGGAUGGUCAUGGGAUGUUCUCGAUCGAUCCGCUAACUGGGGUGAUCCGAACGAAAGCUUCACUCGAUCACGAGGAGAAGACAAUCUACCGGUUGGCGGUGGCCGCCACGGAUAGUGGUAAGCCCCCGAGGCAAACGGUACGUUUGCUGAGGAUCGAAGUUCUGGAUCUUAACGAUAAUCGACCAACAUUUACGAGUUCUAGUUUGGUGUUCAGGCUUCGCGAAGACGUUGGAGUAGGACAUGUUAUCGGCUCGAUCAGCGGCAGUGAGCAGUCGGACGCGGAGAACUUGAUCGCCGGUACAAACGAUCUGCACAUAACCUACACUUUAACCCCGUUGACAAACGACAUCACAGAAGGCGCUUUUGAUAUCGAUCGUAACUCUGGAAAGCUAGUAGUGGCGCGAUCCUUGGAUCGCGAACAACAAAACGAAUAUCGCAUGGAAAUCCGUGCGCUAGACACCAGUGCCAGUAACAAUCCACAAAGUUCGGCCGUUACGGUUAAGAUCGAAAUCGCCGAUGUCAACGACAACCCACCAAAGUGGCAAAACGAUCCAAUCAACGUCUACAUUUCGGAGGACAGUACAGUGGGCUCGAUCGUGUUCAACUUCACCGCCACCGAUGCUGAUUCUGGCACGAACGCUGAGUUGAAGUACAACCUCUCCAAAUCUACGACCUCCCAAAAGGAGUUCUUCUCGAUCGACUCCCUAACCGGUUCACUGACCCUACUGGCCCCUCUAGACUACGAAGAAACCAAGGAAUUCCUGCUGAUCGUUCAAGCCACGGAUCAGUCCUCAAAUGUAACGGAAAGGAUGACCACCUCGGCAACGGCCAGAAUCAUGGUCACGGAUGUAAACGACAACUCACCGGCCUUCGUUGUGCCGCAGGCACAAGACUCCACCGUCUACAUCAGUGAUUCUCUGGAAGUCAACCAAAUCGUUUCCCAUGUGGUGGCUACCGAUCGUGACAGUGGCGAAAAUGGCCGCAUCAUCUACAAAAUCAUCAGCGGCAACGACGACGAACGGUUCUCGAUCGACAUCGAUACCGGCUUCAUACGGGUCGCGAAAGCCUUCAGCAGUAACUUCAUCGCGGACCACCUGAAGAGUUCCGUCACCAGCCGGUACAAUCUGGUGAUUGCUGCCUCCGAUCAGGGUGUGCCCCGUUCGAAGGAAGCCAAAAUCACCAUUCAGGUCGUAAUCCAGAACACGACCAACAACCCGCCGCGCUUCCUGGAGUCCGUCUACCACGUAAACAUCACCGAGAACGUACCGACGGGAAGCUUUGUGGUGCGCGUUUCGGCCAAAUCUUACAACGACAAUGGAAACGCAAACCUGACGUACGAAAUUCCGAAAGGAACCGGCGAGGAUCACUUCAUGGUGGAUUCGAUUCGGGGAAUUGUGACCACCCGUGGGCCGUUCGAUCGUGAAUCGAAGGACCUGUACACGAUUCCGAUCUACGUUACGGAACAGAACCGUUUCAAGAGUGCUGCUUCGAAAACGUCGAAAGAUCUGAGCCAGUUCGAUGUGGCGACGUUGGUUGUUCGCAUAACCGAUGUGAACGAUCAUGCACCGGAGUUUUUCCCCGGUUCGUGCUACCCGCUAGCGGUGCCGGAAAACAACGAACUGUCGGUGAUUCACACCGUUGUGGCCAGUGAUGCCGACGAAGGUUUGAACGGGGAGAUCACCUACAGUAUUUCGGGCGGCAACAUCGGAAAUAAGUUUAGCAUCGAUAUGAAUACGGGAGCACUGACGGCUCGGCCGUUGGAUCGGGAGAUCCACGCGCGGUAUGUGCUGCAGAUUACGGCACAGGAUCGCGGAUCACCGACGUCGCACCAGGGUCACUGCAAUAUCACCAUUCGGGUGGAGGAUGAAAACGAUAAUGAUCCGAAAUUUGAGCUGCAGAAGUACAUUGCCACGGUCGAUGAGGAUGCCCAGAUUGGGACAACCGUGUUGACGGUCAAGGCGGUGGAUGCGGAUAUUGGAAUCAAUGCGAGGAUCGUUUAUUCGCUGGCGAACGUCACCGAAUGGUUGUUCGAUAUUGAUAGCAAGACCGGUGUUAUUACCACUGCUGGAAACUUCGACCGCGAGCGGCAGAGCGUGUACAACUUUAUGGUGGUCGCAACGGACGGCGGCCGGUACAACGCCCGGUUCCAGACGGUGGCCGUGCAGGUCAUUAUAGCGGACGUGAACGACAACAAGCCGGUGUUUGACAAGUACCCGUUUAAAGAGCAAAUCGGUGCCCUCAUUCAACCCGGUCAAACGUUGCUGCACAUCUCGGCCGUAGACGCCGACCAGGGAAGCAACGGCGAGAUCGUGUACAGUUUGAACGAUAAUCCGAACAAUGCAAAGUUCCGGAUUAAUCCGAACACCGGAGCGUUGAGUGCCGUGCAAUCGUUGGCUAGCGAGAAUGGGCGGUUGUUGCAUAUUGAGGUGACGGCGAGGGAUAAGGGGAAUCCACCGCAGGUGGCUACCGGAUUGAUUGAGCUGCGUGUUGGUGAUUUGCAGCAGGAGCUGCCGAUUUUGCGGUUUCACAAUGAUUCCUAUCGGGUUAAUUUGGUGGAGAAUACUCCCGUCGGACAGACGGUGAUUCAUUUGAAUGCCGUUCGAAGUGAUGGAAGGCGGCAGAAGAUUAUCUACAGCUUUGGAUCGGGGAAUGAGGAUGGAACGUUCUCGAUUGAUGCCGUUACCGGUGAAAUUAAGAUUAGGAAUUCGCAUAACUUGGAUUAUGAACGGUUUAGUCGGUUGAAGUCGGAUGGAAUUGAGUUGGUGGCGGUGGCGAGGACGGACGGCAGUCCGCUGUUGUAUGGUUAUUGUACGAUAAAGGUUGAACUGCAGGAUGAGAACGAUAAUCCUCCGAGGUUCACGCAGCAGCAGUACUCGGCCUCGGUUUGGGAGGGCAAUAAUAAGGGGGCGUUCGUGAUCAAAGUUGGAGCGUUCGACGCGGAUCAGGGUUCGAAUGCACACAUUCUGUAUCACAUUGUUGACGGGAAUCACGAUAAUGCGUUUAUUAUUGAGCCGGCUUUUAGUGGAAUUGUUAAGACGAACAUCGUGCUGGAUCGGGAAAUUCGUGACAAGUAUAAGCUGAAGGUGAUAGCGACCGAUGAGGGAGUACCGCAGAUGACCGGAACGGCCACGAUCAACGUCAAUGUGGUGGAUGUGAACGACAAUCAGCCGACUUUUCCACCCAACACCGUAAUCAGUGUUAGUGAAGCUACUACGGUCGGAACGGUUCUUACCUCGAUCACGGCCAACGACGUGGAUACGAAUCCCCCGCUAACGUACAGCUUUGGGGACAGUCCGGACAAUGACGCCAAGUCGUACUUCUCCAUCGACCGGUACAGUGGAAAAGUGAUUCUGAUCAGACCGUUGGACUACGAGGAUCGUCACGAGUUCCAGCUACGGAUCCUGGCGUCCGAUUCGGCUCACGUCGCACGAACCACCCUAACGGUGCGAGUCACCGACGUCAACGAUAACGCUCCGGUCUUCCAGCAGAUAACCUACCACGCCAUGUUGAGCGACGACACGGACUCGGGCGGCCACAGCAGCAACAUCGCGAUCAUCUCGGUGAACGCCACCGAUGCGGACAGCGAAAGUAACGCCGCCAUUCGGUACGCCAUUAGCCCGCCGUCGGCGGGAUUCGCAAUCGACGAACUAACCGGCUUGCUGUUCGUCAACAUGAGCCAAGUACAACGGACACACAGCGGUACCUUCUACCUGACCGUGGCAGCAACCGAUUCGGGCCGACCUGCACUCAGUUCUUCCACCACCGUACGACUGGAAAUGAAAUCCAAAGGCAAAGCGAACCCACACUUCAUCCAGAACCAGUACCGCCUGACGGUGAACGAAGCCGCCCCAACCGGAACGGUCAUCACGAACCUGAUACCGAAAGCGAUCGUCGAUCAGGUGGAAGUGACGUCCGGAAUCGCGUUCGAAAUCAUCGACGGUAACGAGGAAAGUUUGUUCGAAAUAUCCUACCCUUCGGGGGCACUGCUGCUGGUGAAAUCACUCGAUCGGGAGACGAACGACUACUACGAACUGCGGUUGAUCGUCACCGAGCCGGGGGCUCGCAACGUCUACAAGGGCAUGAAUCUAACGUCGGCGAUUCGGGUAACGAUCAGCGUUGAGGACGCCAACGACAACGCGCCGGAGUUCCAGCCGGGUCCGUACGAGAUAUCGAUCAGCGAGUCGGCACCGAUCAAGUACUCGAUCGCACAGAUUACGGCCAUCGAUGCGGAUAUGCCGAAUUCCGCGAAUUCCGAGGUGGUUUAUCAGAUUAUCUCCGGCAAUGAUGGUGGAAUGUUUUCGAUCGAUUUGAUCACCGGACUGUUGUAUAUUAACAAUAAUUUGGACUACGAUCGGGGGUCGGUGCAGUACAAUCUGGUGAUUCGAGCCUGUGACAGCCACGUGCAGCCGAAGUGUAGCGUUCAUCCGUUCGUGAUCAAUCUGACGGAUGAGAAUGAUAACGAGCCGCAGUUCCCGGUUCCGGAGUAUCUGGAGUUUGUCGGGGAGAAUGAACCGAUCGGGAUUAGUAUUUUUACUGCUCGAGCUACCGAUAUGGAUCGCGGAGUUUACGGGAAUGUUAACUACACGAUCGACAAUGGAUUGACGGGAAGUUAUUCGAACAUUGACGAUGGUUGGAAGCUGUUUAAGGUGGAUCCGAUUAGUGGAGUCGUCAACUCGAAUGCCGUGUUUGAUUACGAAGAAAAGCACCGAUAUUCGUUCACGCUACGAGCUACGGAUUCCGGAGGGAAGUCACGCACGGUUAAGGUUCGGGUUAUGAUCGAAAGUCGGGAUGAAUUUAGUCCGCAGUUUACCGAAAGGACGUACCGGUUCCUGCUGAAAACGCCGGAGGCGGGUUAUCUACCGGUGGGCUAUGUAGUUGGCCACGUGACGGCAACCGAUCGCGAUCGAGGUCCGGACGGAAGGAUCGUCUAUCAACUGACGACGCAGCAUCCGUAUUUCAAGAUGAACCGAACGACGGGAGCGAUUUUGAUUAAGAAAAAGCUAGACAAUGCGGCAGCCUCCUUGGAAGCCGGACGAGACAUCAGUUUGGUUGUGACGGCCAGUUCUGGCCGGCAAGGUUCCCUGACGAACAUGACGGUGGUGGAAAUUUCCAUCGAUUCCCUAGGCCAUGCGAAGGAAGGUGACGCCGGAGGCGACUACGGCAAGUCGGAAUCCGUUUCCGCCAGUAAUGGAUUAGCAAAUUGGGCUUUGGGACUGUUAAUUUCGAUCCUGUUGGUAGUGAUUUGUGCGGCCUCGGUGUUUCUGUUUUUACACAUGAGAAACCGACAGCAGAAGCAGGUCAAUAAAACCGGAUUAAGCACGGAAUCGGUUGGUCAUUCGAACAAUUACGUCGAUCCCAGUGCCUUCGAUACGAUUCCCAUUCGAGGCAGUUCGAGUGGCACGAGCGGAGCCGGACAGUUUGCCCCACCAAAGUACGAUGAAAUCCCCCCGUACGGUGCCAGUUCGAAUUCCGGUGCCGCGACGACAUCCGAACUGUCCGGUUCGGAACAGUCCGGCUCGAGCGGGAGAGGCUCAGCCGAAGACGACGGCGAAGAUGAAGAAAUUCGAAUGAUUAACGAAGGCGGUCCCAUGCAGCGGGAUGGACUACAACUAGACGGUCGAAUUUCCGACGUUUCCGUUCAGAACACCCAGGAAUACCUGGCUAGGUUAGGAAUAGUCGACAACGCAACUACAGGAAACGCCUCAAAUUCCUCCCGAAGAUGUUCGGAAAGCAUCGGCCUAGGCAGCUCGAAGGAUGCAAUGCUGCAUCACACCCUACCGAUCGAUACCCUGCACAUGUUCGACGACGAACACCGAGAGUCGGACCUAACCAAUCUAAUCUACGCCAAACUGAAUGACGUAACGAACAACAGCGACCGAGCGAGUAGCGUCGACGAAACGGUAACGAACGCCGGUAGUAUAGGAGCCGCCGUCGAUCACGUCAUGAUGGGCAACUACAGCGACGUCCCCGUCGUCGGUGGCCAACAAGGCAUCUCGAUGAACGGUUCGCUCAGCUCCAUUGUACAUAGCGAAGAAGAACUAACGGGAAGCUACAACUGGGACUACCUACUCGACUGGGGACCCCAAUAUCAACCCUUGGCGCACGUCUUCUCCGAAAUCGCCCGCCUCAAGGACGACACCCUAUCCGUUCACAGCGGCAACAGUGGAACUUCGAGCGCCAAAAGCAAAAACUCACUUCAUCACACGGUGAAAAACGUUCCCCCACCGCUGCUAACCAACGUUGCCCCCCGCUCGAUCAACGUGCCGGUAUUUUCCGCUCGCGGAACCAGCGGCCACCACGGUCAAGCGCCCAACCAGUACUUACUGCCCCGAUCGCCCAUCAGUCACGAUUCCGCCGCCGGUUUCAGCACGUCAUCCGCCAUGUCACCCAGCUUUUCCCCGUCGCUGUCGCCCCUCGCAACGCGAUCACCUUCCAUAUCACCGCACGUCGUGUCCACCGGGGUUCCGACGUCCCAUCAUAUGGUGUCACUGCCACGGCCACCACAGCAGCGAGGCCAGCGGAAGCCUUACUAA